CUGUCAUCAUCACAAACAAAGACAGCCUUCAGGGUAGUUGCGCAGUGGUUUCAGAGGUCCACAAAGUACUUGACAAUCAGCAGAACAAUUGGGAUUGAGAUCAACAGCGGCCGGAGUGGACUUCUCAAACAUCUGCGGUUUUAAUUCACCUCUUUGAAAAUGCAAACCUCCCCGGAUGGCUUUGUUCAGUCGUGUGGAUUUAUGCCCUGCUAUCAGUGGUAGUACCAAGUCAAUUCUCAGUCUCGUUUUGUCAUUUAAGGGAAGCCUCCAGGAGACUACAGGAUGAAAUGGACAGUCUUGCUGUUAGAAUACUUCUUGGUCAAAGUUCUGGUGCUGUUGUACAGCGCGGACGGGGAAGCGCAGCAGCUCGAGGGCUUUAUAAUGCUCUCUGGGUCCAAUGGGUCCCGGGAUGAGGAGAGCGUUUCUGAACCUCCACACACCGAGGACAAAUGUCGGGGUUACUAUGAUGUCAUGGGACAGUGGGACCCGCCGUUCGUUUGCCAAACAGGCAAUUAUUUAUACUGUUGCGGCACUUGUGGCUUCCGAUUUUGCUGCGCUUAUAAAAACUCUCGUUUGGAUCAGAGCACUUGUAAAAAUUACGACACACCUGUGUGGUUAACAGGACAGCCACCGUAUAAGAAAACAUUAGAUCCGAGACACGAUCCGACCAAGGAUAAAACAAACUUGAUUGUGUACAUAAUAUGUGGAGUAGUGGCAAUCAUGGCACUGGUUGGGAUAUUUACCAAACUUGGACUAGAAAAGGCUCACAGACCUCACAGGGAGAGCAUGUCUCGAGCUGUUGCGAGCGUCAUGCAAGGAGCCCGUCAGGGUCAACACGAGGAGGCCAUCGGAAUGCACACACAGCGUUAUGACACUGUGCAGGCCAGAGCAAACAACAUGCAAGCCGGCCAGAUAAACAACAUGAUGCAAACGCACCCGUAUCCAGCCCUCAGCCAGCUGUCCCAUGUCUAUGAGCAACAGCAAUCGGCAAAAGACCUCAACAAAUACGCCUCUCUGAAGGCUGUGGCCGCCAAAGCCAAUGGUGAUUUCCUCAACAAGCAGCACCGCCACCUGGUCGAACUUGCGGCUAAAGGAAACCUGCCGCUUCAUCCAAUUCGAAUGGAGCACGUGGAGCCCACAGCGUCUUACGUCACAGAGGUCCCGUGCAUCAAACAAAAUGGACAGAAGCCCAAGAGCAUUAAAGCCAACAUUUCCCAUCCCGCGAUGGCCUACAGCUCCAAUACCAUCGCAAAUCCAGGCAUGCUGAGAAGCUGGGAGGCCGCAGAGACUGCAGGUCGACGCAAAACCUACAACCCCAGGAAGAUGUGCAUGGUGGAGCAGGUCAAUGAGCUACACACUGCCCGCAGUCAUCACUACUUACCCACGCAACCCUACUUUGUAACCAACAGUAAGACUGAAGUGACUGUUUAAGAAGCAGCUGAGAGCCGGAAGUGAAAUCAUAUCACAAAAGGACUCUCCACACUGCCCCUAGUGGACUGGAGGAACACCAGGGGUGAGCAUGUCAUGCUCUCUCGAUAACAUGAGGGACACUCAAAGCGUUCGCCACUAUUUAUAUCCACUGUAACAAUGAUGUGUUUGUGUUCCGUCAAUGAAAAGGUUACAGGAAACUGAUGUAAAGAAUUGGCUCUGGAAAAAGAUUCAGAUCAAUAGCAAUAAGAUAUAAGAGAAUGGCUACGGUUAGAUGAGACAUUAUAGAAAUGAAACAUACCACAUUAUUGAUUCCUAGUUAUUAAAGGGCUGGCGUGGAGUAUGAAACACAGGGUGAUGCUCUUAUGUGAAAUAAAAUACAGAAAACUUUGGCACCGAUUUGAGGGAGACUGGAAUUGAGGCCGUGCCUUUUGUUUUGUCAUUAUAACUAAAUAACCGGACGCUCGAAAUAUGGAGUCACAUGUGCUGAAUAUUUCAUGCGAAAGUAGCAUUGUCAUGCCAUGAGCACCACUGUUAAACAACAUGGACAUUUGGGCACAACUAUAAAAAUACGUGUUUGGUCUCCUUUUGGCGUUCCUUUUUUUACGUGUACUCUCAAACGCAUACGAGCAUGUUGAAAUAUUUGUCAAAAUGUCAUCAGUAGGUGUAUCUGCUGCCACAUGUGAGGUUUUUUGCACUUUUUACAAAUGUGUCGUAUGGAAGGUACGUUUUAUUGAUUUAUUUAUUUCUUUUGUCCCAAACAGAUGCGACCAUAUGCAUUUAUUUAUACCAUUGCCAGUAUAUGUAUGCAGAUUAUACAGUACAUUGUGCCAAGAAGUAGCUGGUUGAAGUUAUUGUGUUCAGCAAUUAUUUAUUGAAAUAUAUUUAUUUAUUUUCUGUUUCGUUCAAUAGUACGUUUGAGAGAAACUGUUUCUGUUGCUACAUCAUUAUCUAAUGGAGUGGUAGUUCUGGAGAUGAAGAUGUACUUUAAA